AUGACCGAGGCUCUACGGCCUCUGAGGCCACUGCAGGUUUCUGGUGACCUUCACGAUCCGCAGAGCCCGCAGAUCAAGCCCGGGCCAAUAUCCAAACCUGUAUCUGUCUUGGAUCCGUUGAAGAAGCGUGCCAUUUGUUCACAAUGCAGGAUAAGAAAGGUACGCUGCGAUGGAAGACCAGAUAUCUGUCAGAAUUGCGACCGGCUCGGCUUUGAAUGUUCAUUCCAGCAAGCACCCGGUAAAUCGCCUGGUCAAUACGUCGUGAAGCUACCAGAACGGCGUCGUCGGAUGCAAGCCUGCAUUCCAUGUCAUUCUAAGAAAACACGUUGCCUCGGCGAGUUACCCAGCUGUUCUAGCUGUGUUCGGAGAAAUCGGGUUUGCACUUAUCCUAGGACUAAGAGACAAGGAUCCACCGCUCGCGGUCAUGAUUUCGCUGAAGGGUCUAACGCCGACGACAGAUCCGUGGAACGGGUUGGGACGGCAUCGCCUGGUCAGGAUAUUGGCAUGGUAGGAGCGACAGAAGGGAGUGCGCUUGAUUAUGAAACAACGAUGGGUUUGAUGGAGGAUUACUUCCAACAUCUUUAUCCUCUCCCGUCGUUCUCUUUCCUUCAUAAAGCGACUGUUCUUCAAAGAUGCAGAGACCAGACGAUGAAUGAGACCUUGAAGCUAGCAAUCUGUGCAAUUACAGCAUUGCAGCUUCAGCGCACCUCUCUAUGCCACGAUUUAUGGGUGCAACAAGCCGAACAGUCAAUAUUACAGCAGAUAGGACGGGCGUCCAUCUUUCAUCUACAGGCAUUGCUCCUCGUAAUCCGGUAUAGAAUCGAAAGCGGCGAGUUUCCUACGGCAUUCAUGUUAGCCGCGCUUGCUGCUCGAACAGCCUUGGCCCUCCGUCUAAACUACGAACGACCGGAGUUAUCCGACGUCGCACAAGAAGCACGCCGACGAUUAUUCUGGGCGCUGUACCUGCUUGACGAUUUCUUCUGUGUCGGACUUAGGGAGUUUGAAUUAUGUCCGGAGGAAACCAUUCAUCUCCAGCUACCUUGCGAUGAGGAGCAUUUCGAAGCAGGCCGUCACAUCCAUACUGGCUUACUCCGACCCGGGCUCGGAUCAUCCGAACACGUAACGGAUAUUGGUCUACGCGGGAUUUUCCUCCGUCUAACAUCCGUACGAAGAGCGGUUAUGAGAUUCAACCGACGAGUCGGCUUAGGCGAAGAGUUAUCCUCAACAAUCGGCAGUAGCAUCCAACGUUUCGAGGAGGAACUCGAAUCGCUCAAAUCCGCACUUCGCCCAUCUGACCAAUAUUCCGUAUUAAACCUAACCUCCUGUCAAUGGCAAGCACAAUUUCUAAUGCUACACACAUCAUGGCACCAAUGUCACUGCGACUUAUACCGCCUCGGACUCGACGGAUACAGCGAAGCAGCCCCUUCCCCCGUACUCAUAGCAAUCCGCCUACGGAACCGGAUCGCCAUGCAAGUUAAAUGUUUCGAACACGCAGAAAGCAUAAUCCGAAUAAUUUCCGAUUUCUCAAACCACGGGGACAGCGCAUGUUUCCUCGAACGCGACGCCGCCGUCUGCGCAUUUGAAAGCGCGCGUCUAGUCAUGUUCGGCUCUCGUAUCCCCGGCGCGACAUCUACCCUCGACGUCGCCAUAAACAAGGCUAAAUUAUCGCUUAACCUAAUAACUCGAUUCUUCCCUUACUCUGCAUCAACACAACCCCUACGCAAAGAUCUCGAACGCCUAAUAGCAAGCUACUCCGUGCGUCUAGCCCUCCAAACCCAAGAAACCCUCUCGGAACCCGACCCACCCCCCUCAGCCCGUCCCUCAACCAAAGUCUCUCAAUACGCAAGUUCACGCCAACGCCUCUCAGUCCAAAGUCUGCUCCUCCAAUCCGAUUUCGUCGACGACAGCAACGAGAUCGCCGGACCACCACCACCUCCUCCUACCAACUCCCAGGCCGUUAGCAUACCCGAACCCACUAACCCCAUAUCUAAUAACACCAGCAAUAUACCCAAAAACCAAGGAUGGGGUGUCGGGGGACAAACAAACUCCGCAAAUGGACAAAUACCGACGGCGGGUUUUUCGCUAGACGCAGGACAGGAGGACGCGGGCCUUAUAUUUAAUCCCUGGAUGGGAUUUACGGGCACGGAGGAUAUGUAUGGCGCAUCUGGUCGACCACCGGGUCUUGACGAUGAGUUCUAA